AUGGCGGCAGUGGCGCUGAGACUCGGGGUCGGGAUCCUCCUCCUCCUGCUGCUGCCGCCGCCGCCGCCGCCGCUCCCGGCCGUUAAGGGGGUCUCGGGGCAGAGCCGCUCCGCCACUGCCGGGCCGCCGCCCCCGGCCGCCCCCUCUGUUCCAGAGACUCCGGACCGCCCCGCCGCCAGCCCCACAGCUCCCGGGCUCGGCCUGGGCUCCUCCCCAGCCCCGGCGUCGCCGCCGCCAGAAGCCCCCGCUCCGCCCGCCGCCUCCCCUGCGGCAGCGGCUCCGGAGGCCCGGGCUGGGCGCGGGCCUGCCCCAGUCACCGAGGUUGCUGCGUUGUGUGUCUGUGACCUCUUGGUGGCACAGUGUGAUGUAAAUUGCUGCUGUGACCCAGACUGCAGUGCCGCAGAUUUCAGUCUCUUUACUACAUGUUCAGUUCACAUUGUCACAGGUGACAGCCAGCUUUGCAGUCAGGAAGCAGCUAUAUAUUCAAUCAAUGUUGCAGCACAUCCACCUGAAAGGAUAUUUAAGUUAGUUGAUCAGAACAAUCCAAGUAUUUUCUGCAUUCAUGCUACAAACUAUAAACAAACACUGUCCUUUAUUCCUCCUGAAAUGCCUACUUCACAAAAUUUUGAUAGUUUGCUUAAACAGUUUGAAGGUGUUACCUUCAGUGCUGAAUCUGAUGUUCUCUUGAAUACUGAAUCAGAUGCUCAGAAUUCCUCUGAUGCAAAUGAAACUGCUAGAUAUGAGUAUGGUGUUCCUGUACAGACGGCUGAUGCAUUUCUGAGAUGGCCUGCUCCUCUUGUCUCCUCUCAGUGCUCUGAUGCUAAUCCUGCAGGUUUUCUAGUAAACCAGGCUGUGAAAUGCAGUAGAAUGAUAAAUGUGGGAAAUUGUAACACCACUCAAGCACUUAGUAUGCUGUUCUACGCCAACUCCAGCAUUUUAGCAGUACCUAAGUCAAGUCAGAUGGUUAACGUUACUGUCCAGACCAUAACUAUCCAGUCUUUGAGUGGAACACGUACUCUGCUUAACAGUAGUGAUGUCCUUUUGCUCCCCAAGUAUUUGGAUGAUCAAGUGUGCAUAAAUGUAGUUCUUGGGGUGAGUUAUUCUAUUACAUACACCGAUGCAGGAGAAAUAACAGCUGCAGCUGUUUCUUUUGUCCUGGGGACAAUUAACAAUACAAGGCUUCCAAUACAGCAAAGCUUUGAAAUUACUUUUACUCAGCUAAACACAAAGCCAGUCCCGCUUAGUGGAAAUCCUGGUUAUGUUAUUGGAUUGCCUCUGAGGGCAGGAUUUAGACCUCCUGGAUCUGGCAUUAUUCAGAGUACUAAUACAUACGGUCAACUUACUAUUUUGCAAAGCUCAUCGAAUCAGGACUGUCUUGCAGUAGAAGGAGUCAGAACCCCAGUAUUAUUUGGUUAUAAUAUGAUAUCUGGCUGUAAACUAAGAAUCACUGCAAGUACAGAAUGUCAACCCUUGGCCAAUAUCAUCCUGAAUGUACUGAAAGGACAAAAUUUUCCAGAAUAUGUAGCUUCAUUUGGAAAUUCUCAGGCCCAAGAUGUAUUGGAUUGGGUGCCAAUCACUCACAUCCAGUCUUCAGAACAGGGUCUAUGCCAAAUCCCAGUAUCAUUUGAAAUAGAAGUGAAAUGGAGUAAAUAUGGAUCUUUGGUGAACCCACAAGCUAAAAUCGUGAACGUCUCAGCAAUGGUCAUUACCACCAUACUGGCCCAGACUAAUUUUGGAAGUGAAAAAACUAUUCAGAUAGGAAGUUCUGUUACUUUCAUUGAUGUUUCUACACCAGCAGAGCCAGGCUAUAAAGCUCAACCAACCAUUGAUGCCAAGUUACCCUUUGAUUUUUUUUUUCCAUUUGUUUAAACCCACAUACAAAUGAAAAUGAAGAGCAAGAACUGAAGAAAUAAUAUACUGCAAAGCAUUCAAGCCUGCUGCUGAGGACGCCUACCUUAUCUGGAUGUAGCUGAUGUGGUUCUGCUCUUGUUCAAAAUUGCACGUCCUGGGACUAAUUGCACAGUUAAGUUCAACAGCACCUCCGGAAGUGAAUGCUACCCAGCAACAGGAUGAAACGGCCAGAGCAAAGAUUAGCAAGGAAGCUACUCGGACAAAGACAAAUGGGAAUAGAGUAGGUGGUGAUUUAGAGACAGAAUAAUGCUGAGCUGGCUUCUUGAAUUGCAAACUCCUACUGGGUAUUGCAGAUGAAGAACACGCAGCAAAAACCAGUAACUCCUUGAAAUAAGUUGUGCCCCCAAUAUUCACAGCUUUGUAAAUAUCCGACUUUAUUUAAUGUGUUGCAGCAUUAACUGCACAGCUGUACAAUUCAAGAUUUAUGCACUACAUUGUUUAAGGGA